GCACCGACUGAAAGGAUCGCAAGCGGUUCCCGAGCAUCUAUAAGUAGCUGCACUGCACAGAUACUGCGCUUCUCCAAGAAUCGAAAAACUUCUUAAGCCAUGGAAUACUUUUCGGAACCCAUGAGCAAAUAAGGGCGGAUCAGGAAAACCAGUCUGUGGAAAAACCCAGCAAGGCUGUGAUUUGCACAAUGGAGAACUCCACCGUCACCCUCUACAUAGAAUUCAACUCCACUGUCAACCAGACUCUGACCAAAAUGCCCCAGAACUCUCUGGAGGUUCAGGUGGUCACUAUUUUGCUGGCGCUGUUGAUAUGUGGCGUGGGCAUCGCGGGAAACAUCAUGGUCGUGCUGGUCGUUGUCCGAACCAAACACAUGAUGACACCAACCAACUGCUACCUAGUGAGCCUGGCGAUCGCAGACCUUAUUGUGUUACUGGCUGCCGGACUUCCCAACAUCUCGGAUGUGGUCGCCUCCUGGGUCUACGGCUACGCCGGCUGCCUCUGUAUCACCUAUCUGCAGUACCUGGGCAUCAACGUGUCCAGUUGCUCCAUCACCGCCUUUACCAUUGAACGAUACAUCGCCAUCUGCCACUCCAUCAAAGCGCAGUUCAUCUGCACCGUGUCCCGGGCGAAGAAGAUCAUCGCGGGUGUCUGGAUUUUCACCUCGGUCUAUUGCAUCAUGUGGUUCUUCCUGGUGGACACGAACGAGAAGGUCUACGCAGAUGGCGUGGUGGUCAAGUGUGGUUACCGCGUCUCCCGCAAUCUCUACAUGCCCAUAUACUUUUUGGACUUCACCUUGUUCUACGUCAUUCCGCUCGUUCUGGCUACCGUGCUUUACGGUCUCAUCGCCCGGAUUUUAUUCAUGAAUCCCCUCCCUACCAAUCCUCACGACAGAAUUGGCCAUGACUCCAUUCACCAGGGGCGGUCGAACAACGCCGUUAAGCUGUCCUGCAAGUCAAAUAAAGGGGCCAUGUCGUCAAGAAAACAGGUCACGAAAAUGCUGGCGGUGGUGGUAGUUCUCUUUGCCCUGCUGUGGAUGCCAUACCGGACUUUGGUGGUGGUGAACUCCUUCAUGAACCCCCCCUAUCUCAACACCUGGUUCGUGCUCUUCUGCAGGAUGUGCAUCUACAUGAACAGCGCCAUCAACCCCAUCAUCUACAACCUGAUGUCCCAGAAAUUCCGCGCUGCCUUCAAGAAGCUGUGCAAGUGCAAGCAGCCGAGGCCUGAGAAGGUUACUAAGUACAACAUGCCUGUUUACUACAGCGUGAUGAAGGACUCCUCUCACGAGAGCCCAGAUCAUGAUGUCACGGAGCAAGAGGACUUGAACGGUUGCCCCAUUCCCAGCAAGAAAGUUAACUUUAUGGACAAAUGCAAUGACACCAACACUGCAUUUAGCGUUGCUUGAAGCCACCUCCUCUUGACUGCACGCCUACCCCCACGCACCUGUCUGUAGAGUCCAUGUUAGAUUUAGAAGACACAGAGAUUUUUAAUGCUUGUCCGUGGUCCUGUUUAAGUACCAUAAAAAGAUUUUCCUAGAUGUUAUCUUUAACAUUUACAGUCGACAUAUAAGCUACAUUUUAAAAACUGGUGAAGGUACAGUAAUCGUCAAACAUUACACCUGGGGAAAUGUGACUUUUGGUAUUUGAUUUUGUAAUAAAAUUGCCUCGAAUCAAAGAAAAAAAAACCCAAUUCGACAUAGAGAUUCACUAGGCAUUUUACAUACUCUAUGUUAACAGGAAAUCUAAUUAGUUAAUAGAUAAUUAACACAUUUCAUUCAGUGAAAGUAAAAGCUGUAACAUUUAUGGGUGCCUUAAAGAAAUCAAGUUUAACUUUUUUUUUUGCGGACAAGAUGUUGUUAAAAGACUCACGGUCCUUAAUUGAUGUACAGUAAUAAGGUUUCUUUUAAAGGUUUUCUUUUAUGUAAGACAGGAAUAUAUCACUUUUUAUAUUGUCCAUCACUAUGUAUGAUUUAUACGAGAUUUUGAAAAUCAGCUUUAGUUGCUAAGGAAGGCAUUUUCCUGCAUCCCUAUGAAAGCUGGGUCCAAGCAAAACCUCAGACUUGUUCCUUCUCUACAUUAUUAUUACAGGAAUGUGAGUCUCCUACAAUUAGAAAUUGGUUAUAGCUUAAGCAGAAUAAAAAAAAAUGGAAUGAAAAAAAAGAUAAUCUUUUUACAAAAUAUUUCAGUUUUCAUUCUCAAAUACAAUCUGGUCCAUUGGGGAUCAUGUUUUGCACAAUAUGAAUGCACAAACAAUGGUUGGUGAUGCACGUAUUUAUACAUAAGUACAGUAUGUGUUCCUGUGUAUGUACAGUAUAUGGUUUAUAGAACUGCUUCAUUAGAAGCGAUUACUUUAACACAUCUGAAUGAACAGCUUUAAAGAUCCAGAUCGAUAGAAAAUACAUUAUAUUUUUGAAUGGCAUUGCUAUAAAAUCUUUGAGCAUAGGUGAUUGAAUUAUUUAAAAAUAACUGUCUACAGAAAAACAUAGCUUAAUGUAACAUAUUGCAAUAAAUAUGAGAUCAGGAUUUGGAAAUAAACUAUAUAUGUAAUGUCUGGUUUACGUGGUAAAAAAAAAAAAAACUUGAGUCCUUUUUCACCUAGUGUGGAUUUACUGUAUAUUUAGUAUAUAUGGAUUCGGAAAUUGACAUGAAACAGUACAACUGAAAGAAUGGGAAGGACAACUGGCUAUUCAACAACCCACAACAGUCCUGGAAUGAAUGAAACCAAAUGUGAGAACCUAUUUCUCAAUGAAGUGAGUAUUUACUGUGUAAAUAAUGUACAGAUUGUGGUUUAUUUAUUUUGCGUUGUUGUUCAAUGCAUAUGGAUGUUGUUCUUAAAAUAUUUUGUGUAGCGCUACAUGCAUUUUGUACAGACAUGUACAGAAUGCUAGUUUUACUGUAAAACAUUGAAUAAUGAGCAGCCUUGUCUGGUGAAACAAGCUGUGUAUUCCACCCAGGACAUAAUGUCUUUAUUUUUUUUUAUAUUGCAAAGAUUGUAUCCAUUUGGCCCUGUAGUUACUGGGAUGUUUUGCUAAGUUUUUGUUAAUUUACACAGCAAGUAAUCAAUACAAAUCAGUUACUGUAUGUUUUCUUGCCUAUUUCCCUAAGGGAACAGCUGAUCAUUUUUCCUAUAUUGAAUAUUGACGCAUAAUUACUAAGUGUACUAGCUCUUCCAUGUCCAAUCACAAUAUGGCAAGAAGAAAUUAAAUCCUGUUCUAGAGUGCUCCUGAUGUGAUAUGGGAGAGUCUGUACACUUAGUAAUUAAGUCGCUGCGUUCAAUUUUGCAAAGACAGAAUGAACAUUAGAAAGGUUAUAAACCAGAAGGAGGCUAUUCAGCCCAUCUAGACCCUUUGGUAAAAUGGGAAGAUAAAUAAUGUACUGUAAGAACUCAGCUAAAGGUAGAAAAGAGAAGUGGUCAUUCAGUCCCCAAGAUGACUGCUAGUGGAUGUGUGGUCUCUUCCUGACUUUUCUUGAAGGACCCUGGGGAGUCUCCUUCAAGAAGAUGGCAGGGCAGUGUAUACCAGACCCCCUCCUCCCCCACAACGUUUUUGUGUGAUUUAUUGUCACAUUUCAUUCACACAUCUCAAAAUUCUGUCUCUUCUCACUCUUCUCUGAAGAUCACUUCAGAGAAUUCACGUAAGUGUGCCUGCAUCUGAGUGUGACCAGACUUCAAGAAGUGUACUUUCCUGGCUCUUUUGAAAAAAAAAAACAUUAAAAAGGUUGAGC